GGGAGAAGAGAAUUUCUCGUUUUUUCUCUCCCUCAGCGACCACAGAGAGACAUUCUAGAUUAUAAUUUAUUCAGCAAAUCAACUUCAUUAGGGAUUAGGUCACCGCAGGAUCUUCCAAACUCGUUGGAGAAUAAAAUCACCUCUUUUUCAUAGGUAAUGUAAGCCUUCUUAAAAACAAAAGCAAAACAAUAGGUUAGAUUGGAAAAGGAAAAAGGGAAGAAAAUCGAGACAAAAAGCUCUUUCCAAUUAUCAAAGCGAAAACUGUAAAAUCAAACUCCUUGCCUUUCAAUUAUUCCUGGGCUUUCUUGCUUUGGUUCAAUGCAAUUCAUAUAUUAUGGUUGUCUGAAAAACCCAUGCGCUUCGUCUAGUUUCGGGUUUUGGUUUAUAUCACCACUCACGAGAGAUGAAAAGUUUUCUAGCGAUAGGUUUGUUGGUUGAGUUAGUUUUCCCUGGUUUGUCUGGGUAAUAACAAAACAGUGGUUAGAUUCUGAGUUGGGUUUCUGUUCUUUGUUCUUAUGGGUAACGUUAGUGUUAGAGAAGUUGUUGGCAACCCAUCUGGAGUUGGGAUUAGUGAAGGUGACCAGUAUAUGGAGUCUUCACAGGUUGGGUUGCAAGAUGGUUACCAUGUUCAUGGGGGUUCUCCCAAGCUGAUGGGGCAGUCUCCUCCUAAUAGCCCUAUGGCGGCCAGUUCACCUUUGAUGUUCACUCCGCAGGUUCCGGUUUCUCCAUUACAGAGACCUGACGAGAUGCAGAUCCCAAGUUAUGCAUGGAUGCAAAAUACUGCCGAGUAUGAGGACAUGUUUUGUGAGAGAAGGAUACCGACCAUGAUCACAUGGGGCUAUGGUGGCAAAGAAGUAGCUGUUGAAGGAUCAUGGGAUAACUGGAAGACAAGAAAGCCCUUGCAAAGGUCAGGCAAGGAGUUCACUAUUGUAAAAGUGCUCCCGUCGGGUGUGUAUCAGUACAGGUUUAUUGUUGAUGGACAGUGGAGGUAUGCCCCUGACAUGCCAUGGGCCCAUGAUGAUAUGGGGAAUGCUUACAACAUUUUGGACGUGCAGGAUUAUGUUCCUGAAAACCUGCAUAGCAUUGCUGGCUUUGAACCUCCACAGUCCCCAGAUUCAAGCUAUGACAACAACUUGCCCCUUGUUCUGGAGGAUUGUGUGAAGGAGCCACCAUUAGUUCCUGCACAUCUACAAACGACGUCACUGAAUGUUUCCUCAUCCAACAUGGAUAGCCCUCCCUUUUCAAGACCCCAACAUGUGGUGCUUAACCAUCUGUUCAUGCAGAAAGGGAAUGGUGGCCAGUCUGUGGUUGCACUUGGUUCAACACACAGAUUUCUGUCAAAGUAUGUGACAGUGGUUGUCUAUAAGUCCCUAAAGAGGUACCCUGAUAAUGGCCAUUGAACUAUUUUUCUUUAGUGUAAAAAGUAAUUAUGAGUAGUAAGACAUUUCCUAGUGGCAAGAUAGACAGAAAAAAUAACCAACACAGCAAAAAAGAGGGAACUUAUUGCCUAUCUGCUUCUUUUUUGCUACAUCUUGGUGACUUCUUGAUUGAAUUUUUGUAAUAUUUUUUCACUUGCUUUAGAUAUAUAUUUAAAGAACCGGAAAAAUCUACUGAAUUUUAAGG